CCCUCGGCUCGGCGGCGAACAACCCGCUGACAAAGGCGGAGCAGCGGCAGGGCCAGGGCCGCCCCCGCCCCACGCCCCCGGCAGCGGGGCCCGGCGGGCAGCGCGGGGCCGGGGCGCUCGCACAAGAUGGCGGUGGGGCGGCGGGAGAGCGCGCUCCCCUCUUAGAUGCGGCCGCGGCGGCCCCUGCUCCCGGCGCCCGGCGGGGCUUACAUGGCGCUGGAGGACCUGCUUUGUCUCUGCUUCUCCGCCUUCGCCGUCCUCGCCGUGCAAGGGAGGCUGUUGGAAGGGGAUUCUCUGGAGCUGAGCUGUAGUGCUGGUCCUGCAAAGGUGAUACUGGAGCCCAACCAAGCUGUGGUUUUGGACUGUAACCUGGCUCCUGUUGAACAGGUGACCAAUAUUACAUGGAAGAAGAAUGGGUUUCCAUUAGUGGAGCAGGAAUAUCUCCAUGUGCUUCCAAAUGGAUCACUCUUCAUCUCAUCCCAGGCUGCAGCAAAGGACAGUAAAUAUCCUGAGAAGGCUGAUGCUGAGGGUAAUUACUCCUGUGUCUCUCACAGCUCCCUGGGGACUGUCACCAGUCAAAUGGCUGCAGUCAGAUUUUCAACAUUAUCACGCUUUUUCCAACAGCCGGAGUCACAGACUGUGGAAGAAAAUGGGAUGGCCCGGUUUGAGUGUCGGAUUGAAGGACUGCCAUCCCCUGUCAUCACGUGGGAGAAGGACCAUGAAGCUGUUCCAGCAGAACCCAGGUUUAUAACUCUUCCAAAUGGUGUCCUCCAAAUCGUGGAUGUGCAGGAGAGUGAUGCUGGGUCUUACCACUGCGUGGCAACCAAUGCUGCCCGAAAACGCUACAGCAAUGAUGCAGUCCUCAGUGUCCUGAAAGGUUCCCAGCCAGCAGGAGGAGAUGUCACCAUUAUUGCUGCACCAGAGAACACCACGGUAGUGGCUGGGGAGAGCGUGGUGAUGGAGUGCAUGGCAGCUGCUGAUCCCACCCCCUUCGUCUCCUGGAUACGACAGGAUGGAAAGCCUGUUUCCACAGAUGUGAUUGUGUUGGGCCGGACAAAUCUCCUCAUUCCUUCCAGCCAGCCCCAUCACUCAGGGGUGUAUGUCUGCCGUGCUAACAAACCCCAGACCAGGCAGUUUGUUACAGCUGCAGCUGAGCUCCGGGUCCUGGCUACCCCCAGCAUCUCCCAGGCUCCUGAGACCAUCUCGCGCACCCGAGCCAGCACGGCCCGCUUUGUCUGCAAGGCGGAGGGCGAGCCUGCCCCCAGCGUUCACUGGCUGAAGAACGGCCAGGCCAUCCUCUCCAACGGGAGGGUGAAGGUGCAGAGCAGCGGGAGCCUGGUGAUCAACCAGAUCGGGUUGGAGGAUGCUGGCUACUACCAGUGCGUGGCUGAGAACAGCCUGGGCAUGGCUUGUGCCACUGCCAAGCUCUCGGUGAUCGUGCGGGAGGGCUUGCCCAGCGCUCCCAAGAAGGUGUCAGCUGUGUCCCUCUCCAGCACCACAGUCCUUGUGUCCUGGGAAAGGCCAGAGUACAACAGCGAGCAGAUCAUUGGCUUCUCGUUGCAUUACCAGCGGGCUGUGGGAACAGAUAAUGUGGAAUACCAGUUUGCUGUCAAUAAUGAUACUACUGAGCUGCAAGUCAAGGACCUAGAACCCAAUACCAACUAUGUCUUCUACGUGGUCGCAUAUUCCCAGCUUGGAGCCAGCCGGACAUCUUCUUCCAUCAUUGUUCAGACCCUGGAGGAUGUUCCUAGUGCUGCCCCUCAGCUGUCCCUGUCGAGCAUGACUCCUGGUGACAUCCGUGUGACAUGGCUGCCUCCUCCUCUAGAGCUGAGUAAUGGCAAGAUAACGAAGUACAAGAUUGACUACUGCACCCUCAAGGAAGCAGAUCAGGUCACCUCCAUUGAAGUGGGUGGAAAUGAGACACAAAUCACCCUCUACUCGCUCCAUCCCAACAAAGUGUACAAAGUGCGCAUCGCAGCCAGCACCAGCGUGGGCUACGGGGCCCCCUCGGAGUGGACCCAGCACCGCACUCCUGACAGAGACAACCAGACACAUGUUCCAUUUGCCCCUUCAGAAUUAAAAGUCCGAGCAAAGAUGGAGUCCCUCCUGAUAACAUGGCAGCCUCCAGCCAACCAUGCCCAGAUAUCUGGCUACAAGCUCUACUACCGAGAAGUGGGCCCAGAGGAGUCCAGUGAUGAAAGCCCUUUGGAUGGUGGUGAAGAUGAGAGCUGGGACGUGGGACCCAUAAAACUAAAGAAGAAAGUGAAGCAGUAUGAGCUGACUCGACUAGCUCCUGGGAAGCUCUAUGAGGUGAAGCUGGUGGCUUUCAAUAAGCAUGAAGAUGGUUAUGCAGCUGUGUGGAAGGGCAAAACAGAAAAGGCACCUGCAGCAGCAGUAGACCCCCCUGUGCAGAAGGGUCCUCCGCUGCCUCCAGUCCAAGUCUAUGCAGAGUCCAACAGUUCAACUUCCAUAUGGCUCAGGUGGAAGAAACCUGACUUCACCACAGUCAAAAUUGUCAACUACACCGUGCGCUUCAGCCCCUGGGGCCUGAAAAAUGCCUCUCUUGUUACAUACUACACAAGCUCGGACGAAGACAUUCUCAUUAGUGGGUUGAAGCCCUACACCAGGUAUGAGUUUGCUGUGCAGUCCAAUGGUGUUGGCAUCGACGGGCCCUUCGGCAGCGUGGUGGAGCGGUUCACCCUUCCUGACCGUCCCUCAACUCCUCCGUCCGACCUGCGGCUGCACCCGCUCAACCCCUACGCUGUCCAGGUGCACUGGUGCCCCCCUGCCGAGCCCAACGGCAUCAUUGUGGAGUACCUCAUCCUGUACAACGCCAACCACACGCAGCCUGAUGACAUGUGGACCUUGCUGACACGAGAAGGAAAUAUCUUCAGCACUGAAGUGCAUGGCCUGGAAAGUGAUACCAGAUACUUCUUCAAGAUGGGAGCCAAGACAGUCGUGGGAUCUGGUCCCUAUUCCAGUGUGAAGGAUGUGCACACCCUCCGGGAGAAGUUGUCUGAUGUUCUGGAUAUCCACUCUGUCACGGGAAUAAUUGUGGGAGUCUGCCUGGGGCUGCUCUGCAUACUCUUCUGCAUGUGUGCCAGCUUCCGGAGCAGCAAGCAGAGGGAAGCCCUGCCAGGUCUAGAUUCACAGGCAGCUGGCAACCACACCUACUACCAUCGGAGCAGGCAAGGGAUGGCAGCUCCCAGUGCCACCUUGGACUCACAUGAGCUAGAGUCCCUCAUGUCCCCACUCCCAGAGGAUGCACCUGUGCCCCUGGGGGACAUCACAGAACUGACGGAAGUGCACAGCCUCAUCCACACGAACCUCCCUGAGGACAAUGUCCAUGGGAAGAGGAAGUCUUCAUGGAAUAAAUCAGCUAACCAGCCCUGGACAAACAGCAUAGCUAGAUAUGGGGACACCAUCACAAAAGAGCCUCUCUGUGCUGUGAAUGGAUCACUGAAGCUCCCUUCCAGUGCAGGACAGAAGCUUUUGUUGCAAGCUCUAGUUUAUGAUGCCAUGAUGAAUGAAGCAAAGAAAAGCCACCCACCAGCCAGCCUCCACCAAGUGGAAGCAGAGGUUAUUGUCCAUUCUGAUUUUUCAGCCUCUGACAGAGACUACGACUCCCAGCUGCACACUCUGGAGAGUGAAGAGACAGAACCUGAGGACCAGGAGCCUGAAGAGCUCCCCUCUGGAGAGCUGGCUCUUCCCAGCUCUCCCAGCACCCAGCAGGAUGCUGGCCAAGUGUUGGUGGACUGCAUGGGCCAUUCUGAGAUUGAGACCCAGGAUGAGCUGUUGUGUACCUACAGAAAGACCAGUAGCACAGAGGCUGUCUACAUCCAUGGGCUCACCAAUGGCUUCCACAGGCCUGGGGAAAGUCUGGAUUCAGUGGAGAGUGGAGAUUCAGACUCCAUCCAGGAAGGCAGGGGGGAUGUUCAGCCAGUCAAGUGCCAAUCGCUUUCCCAAGCCCUGGAGGAGGCUCCUCUCUGCAGUAACUCUGGUUUAACCAGUUCAUCCUCAGCAUCUGAGAACAUGGCAUGUGCCCACAAUCAUUAAAGAGUGAAUUAAUCUGAUUUUGAUCAUGGGAGAGCUAUAAGCACUAGUGAGGUACUGCAUGUCCUCCACUCACUGAGCCCAGCAGGAGCCAGGAAGGCUCAGUGUCUCGCCAGAGCAGGGUUUGGACCUGCCAGCUGUACAUACCACCUUCAAGAGAUCAGUAAGUCGUUUGGUAAGGGCCCAUCUUCUUCCUGCUGAAACUGAUCAGUAACCUGUUUUUUUGGGAGCAGGACUGAGCCAUCUGCCAAAGUCUGACAUGAAGCCACGGCUAGAACAGAGCCUUCUGCCUUAGCCUGGGGCUGUCACUUCCCUGCAGUCCCUGGCAGGACAUCUUCUAGUGCUGGGAAGAGGCAGGGUGCACCCGGCCACUCUCCUCAGCUGUCUCUGCACCAGGGAGCCUUGGCACUGCUGCUGCCUGGCAGGAAUUUUGUCAGAGGAAUCCCACAAGGAGGUGGAAGCCAACACAAACAACUCCAGUGAGCUGCAACCACCAGCCUUUUCUGCCCUCCCGUGGUUAAAAGGAUGAUAAGGCUCUUUGUGCUACCGCAGUAACUCUUGUGAGCAGGCUGAUCUAGUGGCCUUUUAUUACACACUCUACGAGUGCCUCUAACAACUUGUACUAUAUAGAACCUUCUUCAGUGUCUGGGUCGUUUCACCAACCUGGGCUUUGGUUUAUGUAGGUUCUUGUACCUAAUAUUUUAGGUACACAUCUGUCCUUUUCAUGUACGACAUGUAUUUUUAUUUCAUUGGAACAUCUUUAUAUUAUUUAAUUUUAUAAAGUGGAGUAGUGUGUGGCAUAGAGUAGCAUUUUUACUACUUCUCUCUUUCUUUAUUUUUUUCCUCCCUAACAACACAACUACCUCAUGUCUGUUGGAGAAAAAAAGCAGUAGAUCUACUCUUUUGUUAUAGUCCAUUAUAGGUUUUAACUUAUUCUUAUACUGUCUUUUUCUAAAGAAUAUGUUUGCACUGGUUGUUGACUUCUUUAAUGCAUAGUGCUGCAGAUCUGAUGUCCCUCUUGCUUUGUUUCUAAGUGUUGCUGUAGGACACCUUCCCCACAGCAGGAGAGUUGGGUUUUCUUUUUCUGUAGGACUGUUUUGCAGGAGCUGGCCAAAGGACAAUGUGUCAGCUGGUAGAAUGUUGAUCCAGCCUUCCUUGAGAAGCUUGUACUUCUGAAGAGAAACUAGAACCAAUGAUUGCAAAAUUAACUUGUGAUCUUGGGGACAUGUAGUUCUUUUUAUUUUUUUUUGUGCUCAAGUGGAGACAUCUCAGAUGAUUUUCAUUUCCAGAGAGUAGCUCUCAGCCUUCUGUAAGCAGUGGACUUGCUGAAGGCUUUGGAUGCACAGGUGAACUUUUCCAGUCAUUUCUUAGAGUCCUGGCCAAAGUGCUUCUUAUUUUGUUGGGUUUUUUUGGUUGGUUGGUUUUGUGUUGUUUUUUUUUUUUAAAGACCAGACCACCACCAAAGCUUAAAAUUUAAAAUCAAAUCCUUACUGUCAUACCAGUCAGUCUGGUUUAUGGCAGACAACAUUUGAAAAUAAUCCAAUGACUCUUCCUGCUGACUCUGUGUAGUGCUGAUGUCUCUCUCAGCCUGGCCUUCUGCUGUGGGGUGAGCUUUUCUCUACCUUUUUUUAGUCUCUCUCUGCCUUGUUCCAGGCUUGCAGAGUUUGACUGGGAAUGCUGCAGAUCAGAUCAGCUCCUCAAGGGAAAUAAGAGUUGGUAAUUCUCUUUGUUGGGUGUUAGGUGCAUGUUCUGCCUUCCUGGAGGAUUCAGGCAUCUGGCUAUUUGUUUAUUAAAAAAUGAGGGAAAAUAUACCAAAUUCCCCCUUUUUCCCACCAGAAUUCCCCCAAAGCUAUACAGGGAGCUGAUCUGAGAUCCUGUAACAGUCUUCAGACUCUGGGCUAUUUUUGUGGUGAAAUCUGGACUGAGAUACCACUGCUUGCACCAAGGAGAACCUUGCUCCACCACCAUCUUAUUCCUGCUUCUGUUGUGAAGGGCCGUGUCGCAGUGUGCCCAGUGUUUGGAGCUGAGCUUGACCAGCCCAUGUCUUUGUAAUCCUCCAUCAAACCCUGUUAGCUCUGGCUCUUCAGCAGAGGAAUACCUCCAAGCCUCUGUGUACCCUGUUGAGAAGGAUAUUGGAGCUUCCACCUCUCCCCAUCCUACAACGUCUCCUCCCAGCGUGACACACCGUUCUGGUAAAUGUCUGUAUUUCCACUAGUGGCUCUUGCUCUGUUGCUCCAGCUGCUGCUUGGUGUCUUGAGGAGUCUUGGAAAUGCUGUUCCUUGCUCUGAAGCAUUGUGACUCUGAAAAGCUGUGGCACAGAGACUUGAAAUCUCCUGGUGAGCAGGCUAGGCAGGAGUGAGUGCGUGUGCAGUGCCAGAGCAAGGAGCUAGAAAGGCAAGAAAAGCAUAACUGGGCAGAGGAAGUGUGCAAUUAACCUCCAGAACUCCCUGCCACAAGUCUUUGAAACUAAUGACUUAGCAGGGUUACAGAUAAGGCAGUGAAGUGUUAUUGCAGGCAAUAAGGCACUUCACAGCUGGAUGGGAGUGGAUGCAAUUGCAGAGGUAUAAACCCUCCAGCCGGGGAGCAUCGGCACCAGCUGCAGAUUUGGGGAGAUUCCUGCAGCUGGACCCCAGUUUGCAGUUUAUUUCAUGGAAGAGUCCUUGCCCUUCUCCAGUGACAGGACAGACCCUGUACAUGCCACAUUGCCACUGCUGAUACACAGAAAAGGAGAAGGACCCUUCCUCACAAAGAGGGACCUCUGUUGACUUCCUUUCACCUCCAGAACCAAGUCACCCACCUGCAGGCACAACAGGAGGGUCUUGGCUGCCAGAGGGCAGCUCCAGGAGGAGUCUGGCCAGCAGCAGGUGUGUGGGGCACUGGAGUUCUCCUCCCAGCUCCCUGUCGUGACACUACCUGUGGCAGGUCAUGUGCCAGCCCUGAGUUUUCCAUCCAGGAGUCUGUGGGGAUGGAGGCUUCGUCCAGGGGCUGAGUAAGGAGUGUGCCACAGUUUCUGGGCCACUCCUUUGUACAUCCACCCUCUGCUUGGUCUGUACUGACUUCAGCAGUCAUAGCCAUGGGCUGAGCAUUGCUGAUCUGCCUAAAAGCUGUCCCUGCCUGCCACUGAAGCCAGCACAGCAGGCACAGUGUGCACCAUUUCCCUGGAUCACCUUGGGCCGAUCAUGACAGCAACAAGUUCCGUGUUCCAGGAGCUCUGGGGGAGAUGCAGCAGAGUGCAAACAAUUCUGCGUAUGCGUCACAAAAAUACUUGGUCUCCUCACUCUGAGGCUUCUUCUGAUCUCGUUACACCCCACCAGAUUGUACCAGAGUGUGAAACUGGCAGUGUUGGAUGUCCAGAUACUGCCAUGGACUGGUACACCAGAGCUCAGCCACAGGAGUCAAGGCAGUUCCCUCAGAGCCCAGAGAUCAGGAGUGACCAGCAGCAGCGGAGCUGUUCUCCGUACGAGUGCGCGUCCACAGGGAGUGCUGGGUGUCCAUGUCCAGCUGGGCUGAGCCCCAGGUCCCUCCUGUCUCGAAUGCACGUGGGACCUUUCUCAGCUAGAAAUGAACAGAGGAAGACAGAUAAUACACAUUUUGUGUGUAAAGCUGAAACAACCAGUGCAUAUAUUUUUUUUUUCAUGAAGUAAGUAGCUUUCUUGCAGAUUUCUCACAGACACAUGAACUGUUGAUACCUUUAAUUACCCAUCAGACUUCAUGCUAUGUACCUACGCAUCAGGCUCCUUUCUCCCUUCUCUUCAUUUCAGUAACACUAAAGGUUAUUGCUGUUCAACUUUUUGCUGGUGUAUAUUGUUUUACAUUGUUAAAAUGUCAGGUUUGUCUCACUGGCAUAAUUUUGUAGUAUUAAUGUUACCGUUUGGCUACACAACUGUAGAUUCCCCAGGCUGCUGUGAGAGUUACAGUUCUCAUCCUUUUCCUUCUUUUCGUUCCCUGCUACAUGAAACACGUGACUCUGAUCAAAAUCUCUUUCAACUUUUUGUUGAUUUGAUUUCUUACUUGAGAGACAGCAAAGUUCUGGUUUAAAUAGUUGAAGUGAGAUAACUUACAGUCUAGGGUUUGGGAAUUUUUUUACAUUUCUACCUAACAGUCCUGAGGUCAGCCCAUAAAAUACACUGUGUGAGAAAGCAGCCAUUUUCACAGAGCACUAUGUAUGGUUUUGAUCUCAUUAGAAAUAGAUAUUUUGAAGGGAUCAUUGUGUCUUUUCUAAUCAAUACUUUUGUUAGAGAAGAGGUGUUUAGUCCAGCAGAAAUCUACCAUCUAGUUCUGUUAUUGUAUUCCCUUGCUUAUAUUUUCAGUUUAAUUUUCUACACAGUGAGUAAGGAUGUGUAACCAGAACUUGAUCUUGUUUGAAGAUUGUGUCUGUGUUUGGUUCCAUGCUGUACUGAAUUAUAACUUUCUUUCUCCAGAGACUGUUCUUACUUCACAAAUACUCUUUAGUGUUAAAAUGUAAGAAGACAUUGUCCUUAUAUUCCUUAACUAAUGGGUUAUUAAUAAAAUAUUAAAAAACAA